GGUGGUCAAAAACCCCCUCUGCCACCUCAGCUGCGUUUCGGCUCUACAGGGAGGAGACGAGUCUGCUUUCCCCCCACCUGAGAGCUUUCAGCACACAAGUCCGUCUGUUUGCCACAUUUCUGAAUCUGUGGUGGUAGAAGGUGAUGCUUGGGGUGGCAGGAAUGACGGGCAGCAUUGCUAAUGCCCUGGCCAAUGCGGCCUGCGAGCGGUGUAAAAGUGGCUUUGCUGCGACUGAGAAGAUUGUCAAUAGUAAUGGAGAGCUGUACCACGAACACUGCUUUGUGUGCGCCCAGUGUUUCCAGCAGUUUCCAGAGGGCCUCUUCUAUGAGUUUGAAGGAAGGAAAUAUUGUGAACAUGACUUCCAGAUGCUUUUUGCUCCGUGCUGUCACCAGUGUGGGGAGUUCAUCAUUGGUCGUGUCAUUAAGGCCAUGAACAAUAGCUGGCACCCGGACUGCUUCUGCUGCAACAUUUGCCAGGCUGUGCUUGCGGACGUGGGGUUUGUCAAAAAUGCUGGCAGGCACCUGUGUCGCCCCUGCCAUAACCGCGAGAAAGCCCGUGGCCUGGGCAAGUAUGUCUGCCAGAAGUGCCACGCCAUCAUUGAGGAGCAGCCUCUGAUCUUUAAGAACGACCCCUAUCACCCAGACCACUUCAACUGCAGCAACUGUGGCAAGGAACUGACAGUUGAAGCCAGGGAACUGAAGGGAGAGCUCUUCUGUUUGCCCUGCCACGACAAGAUGGGUGUACCAAUCUGUGGAGCCUGUAGGAGACCCAUCGAGGGGCGUGUUGUCAAUGCUAUGGGCAAGCAGUGGCAUGUGGAGCAUUUUGUGUGUGCCAAGUGUGAGAAGCCGUUCCUCGGUCAUCGGCAUUACGAGAGGAAGGGGCUGGCUUACUGUGAGACUCAUUACAACCAGCUCUUUGGAGACGUGUGCUACCACUGCAACCGUGUGAUUGAAGGUGAUGUGGUGUCUGCUCUCAACAAGGCCUGGUGUGUCAGUUGUUUCUCCUGCUCCACCUGCAACACCAAACUCACUCUCAAGAACAAGUUUGUUGAGUUUGACAUGAAGCCCGUUUGUAAAAAGUGUUAUGAGAAGUUCCCCCUGGAGCUGAAGAAAAGGCUGAAGAAGCUGGCUGAGUCAUUAGGACGCAAGUGAGCUGCUUCCAACCAAACAAUGUGGAAGUGUUCCUACUAAUGUCUGCGAUGCUAAAAUAUCAACGAGUGCUUCUGCUUCACAACAUAAAGACCCACAAUCAAACAUGAUGAGUAUUUGUCAUUUCAAUCUGUGAUCCAUUUCAAACGUAUACAUGUCUAUCACUGCUGUUGUCUAAAAGUUGCUUAUUAGAUGCUUUCUGUUGUUUGUUUUUAUACACAGUUUGAUUUAAUUUUUUACUUAUUCCUAAAUUGUCCACUUCUAGUUAUUUUAAACAAGACAUUUGUUGUGCCGUUAUAUUUUGACUUUACCCAGAAGGCUACUAAAGUAAAGUAGCUAACUUCUAUAUAUAUGUCAUAGAUUAAAAUAAGAUUUUCUUGAACUUGAAUAGAUUGUUGUUUGGCAUUAUAUUGAAUAAUCCUUGUGCCUUGAAUAUAUAUAUAUAUACAUACUAUGUGUCUUAAAGAACAAAUAAUGGUUCAAAUGUAACUGGCAUACAGACAUCCAACAGUUUAGCCUUAGUUUAUAUAUCUUAUCUAGAGAAAGUAUAUACUGAAAGCUAACUUUUACUAGCCUUGUUGCCAUUUCAGAUUGUAUUCUUCCAGUAUGUGAACAGUAACAAAGCAGACACUUUAUUCUCUAGGAUUCUGUGAUUCUUUAUUUCUGAUUUAAGAAAUAAAUAUUUUCUGAAAAAGGUAA